AUGGCCAAUUUAUGUUUUAUAUGUGAUAAAGAACUAAGUGUUGAAAGUGAAUGUGUUUCUGUAAAGGCUAAGGGCAUAGGAAAUCUUAUAAAUUCAAGUAAAGCGCGAUUCGAUAAUAAAUGGAAGUCAUUAGUGAAUUUAGAAAAUGUACUUGUUCACAAAAAUUGCCGAAAGAGUUACACAAGACCAGACACCAUAAGGAAAUGUGUUAAUGAAAAAGAAGGUACAAGUAAUAUAUCACCUGUCAAAGGUAAGCUACGUUCAAAUUAUAUAUUCAAAUUUAAAGAAAAUUGUUUAUUCUGCGACAACGAAUGUUCAAAAGAGUUAGAAAAAAAAUUGUGUAAAGAACGUCGAGAUACUAUAAUACAAAUAUCUACCCUUCAUUUCAAACAGUCAAUUAUUGACGUAGUGAACAAAAGAAAUGAUGAAUGGGGUAAAGAGGUGCUCAAACGGUUGAAUAGUGUGAUAUGUUUGGUAUCCGAAGAGUCGAAGUAUCAUAAAUCGUGUGAACGUAAAUUUUGCUCGACAAAUCCAGUCGAUGAAAAUAAGAAAAGAGGGAGACCACAAGAUGAAGAUUUAGCAAACGCGUUUUCCAAUUUAUGUGAUAUUUUAGAGUCAGAAAAUGAAUGUCAAUUUGGUCUAAAUUUUUUGCAUGAAAAAAUGGAGGGAACGUGUGAUGAAAAAACUUUAAAAAAUAAAUUGAUAAAUAAGUAUGGUGACGAUAUAAUUAUUACAACGAGCCGUGGAAGAAAGUCAGUAGUGAGUUUUAAAAAUACAGGAUUUAAAGUAUUAACAAAUGCGUGGUAUGAUUCAAAAAAAGAAAAUGAAGAAGAAUAA